AUGGUUAGCACUGAUGUGGUCAAGGCAGUAAGAAAUUUCUUCUCUUCAAGGAAAAUAGUGAAGAGUGUUAAUGAGACUAUGAUUUGUUUCAUUCCCAAGAAAGGUAACUCUAAGAAAGUUGAUGAUUACAGACCUAUCCCUUUUUGCAACACUAUUUACAAGAUCAUCUCAAAGGUUAUUGUUAAUAGAUUGAGGACUAUUCUUGAACGGAUUAUCAAUGUUAACCAAGCAGCCUUUUUGAAAGGGAGACACAUAUAUGACAAUAUUUUGUGGGUGAAUGAGACCAUUAACUCUAAGGACUUUUGGGAUAAAGGAGGAUGUUGCUUAAAGCUGGACUUGCUGAAAGCUUAUGACAGAGUCUCAUGGAAAUUCAUAGCUAAUAGUAUGAAGUUUUUGGACUUCUAUCCUAGAUGGAUUGCUACUAUUAUGCAAUGCAUUACCUCAGCCAGAAGGGGAACCAUUAACACUAUCAAAGUUGUUUUGGAGGACUUUGAACGGCUUGCUGGAAUGAAGACCAGUGAAAUCCAACGGAUUUUACAAUGGACUAAUGGGAAACUCCCUUCGGAGUACCUUGGGCUCCCCAUGUUUUUGGGUAGGCUUACAGAAAAUCUUUGUCUGCCACUCCUAACUAAGGUGGAGAAGAGAUUGGCUGCUUGGAAGGCUCGGUUAUUGUCGUACGCGGGUAGGCUAUGUCUCAUUAGGUAUGUUCUAAUGACCUUGCCUUACUAUUGGACGAUGAGAUUUAGAUUGCCCAAAGUCGUAAUUAAGAAAAUACAACAAGCUUGUAUCAAUUUUUUGUGGAAUGACGAAGAAGGAGCUAGACACAUGCAUCUGGUUAAAUGGGAUCGAAUGUGCAUGCCGGUUGAGGAGGGAGGAGUUGGUAUUCGAAGACUGGAGGAAGUGAAUAGAGCAAUGCCAGCCAGUCGUUGCUGUCGGCUGCUGCUCAGUGGGGACCCUUGGGCAAACCUUCUUAAAGAGAAGUAUUUGAGAUAUCAUAGUCUUUGGACAUUCAAACGAGCUACUAACCAGAGCUGGGGUUGGAAAGGCCUGCGAUGGGGGUGGACCUGGAUUCAAGAUAAAGUUGAGUGGAGAAUUGGAAAUGGAGAAUGCGUCAGAUUUUGGACUGAUCGCUGGUCGAGGCAGAUACUCCUCACUAGAGCUGAUGGAAGCGGAUAUGGGUUGCAUGGGAAGGAGCUUAUUACCAGCGUCCAGGAGUUUACUAGUGCUAGUCAGGGUAGUCCGUCGCUGGAUAUUGCUGUGCAUCUUGGUGUGUUCAAGGAUGACAUAAGGCUCAGAGAUGCUGAUGAUAGCUUAGUCUGGAGCGAUGAUGGUAAGGACAAGUUCAGAGCUGGUAACAUUAUGAAGAAGUGUCGAACGCAAGGUGUUAAAAAGUGGUGGUGGAAAAAGAUUUGGAAUAGCUCUGCUCCAGCUAAGAGUUGCUGGCACACUUACAUAGCUUGUGAAGGCAGGCUACCCACACUUGAUCGUUUACAAAAGGCGGGCAUCCAACUUGCCAAUCGUUGUUCCGCUUUUGUGCCGAGGAGACCAAUGGUCAUAUCUUAG